AUGGCUCACGCAGCUACAAAGUCAUCAUGUGGUGUAAAUGGAGCUAUUAUUGCUGCAGCCAGCCUGGAGAUGGCGGAAUUAAUAUCACGGACGAUUAGCGCAAUCUUUCAGGUCAAGGUGGUGUCUGUCACCGGAAACUUUAUUGCAGAGCUCUCUAAGUCUAAGACUAAGGGUGACUCGACUUGUUGGAUAUUCUACGUCACGUUUCUGAGCGUGACGCGUUCAUUGAAGAGACUUCUUGAUAAAUGGUCUGCAAUAACUACGCGGUGUAAAGAGCGAGCUCGUAAAGCACUUCGUGCCAACCAUCCGCCACCAGAGUUCCCGUUGGCUAAUCACUAUGACGAUUUGAUCCAUGUGUUGCCUGUGCUGAGCCAAUUUGGUGAGAUCAAGCUAACAUGUCAAGCAGAGCGUUCUGUUUGA